AUGCUGGUGUUCUUCGAUGUCCAUGGCAUUAUAUCUCCAGUCUUCACUCCCAUUGACCACGAUGGAAACGUUAAUUUGACCAUCAUUCCUGGAUACGCUGCUUAUCUAAACGAACACAACGUUGAUGGUAUACUUGUUGGUGGUACGACAGGAGAACUCGCAUCACUAAACCUAGAUGAGAGGAAGGAACUCCUUGGAGGUUGGAUCAAGGAAACCAAGCCAUUGGGGUUGAAAGUCAUCGCCCAGGUCGGGGGAAUGCCCCUGCCUGAUGUGAUAGCUAUGGCAAAAUACGCUUCGGAAGUAAAUGCCGACGCUAUCAUGACUCUCCCAGAGCUCUACUUCAAGCCGAAGACCCCGACACAGCUAGUAGACUACCUAGAAGUUGUUUCACAGGCUGCACCAUCUCUUCCGCUGAUUUAUUACCACUUCCCGAUGAUGAGUGGAGUUGAUUUAAAUAUGGCAGACUUCUUCAACCUUGCUUCAACCAGGAUCCCAAACUUCAAAGGCAUGAAAGCAGAUAUGGGAGUAGCUUUGCAAGUAGCUAAGUUUUUCAAAGAGGAUCAGAGGAUUUUCAUUGCAAACCAUCUACUAGCGCCUUCAGUUUUCCUCGGCCACGAAUCAAGCAUCGCUACGGUGACAAACAUUUUCCCUGACAUUGUCCAUGAUGUGGUGGAGUCCACGAAAGCUGGUGACGUCACCAGAGCCAGGGAGGGCCAGGAGAAACUAAACAGACUUGUGGAUGCCAUUGCUUCUCAAGGAGACUUCGUGCCCAGCAUGAAAGCAGCUAUGGAGCUGGUGACGGGUAUCAAAGUGGGGCCGCCGCGACGACCGCUCGCUCCUAUCGACGACCUGCAUGUCAGACAGUUGGCAGAAAACUUGAAACACCUUGAUUUAGAGAUUCAUAUGUGA